AUGGAUGGUGCUGAACUGAUGAAUGUAUAUCUCCAGGUGUUUGGUUCAUUGGUCUUUUCAAUGGCAUUGGACCCACAAGGACACAAUCAAAGAUGUGUGGAAGCAUGCACAAAUUCAAUGAUGAGGGGGGAUUUGUGUAACAGUUCAGUUUAUCCACUUUCAUGCAUAGCAUCUGAUGUAUCUAAUGCUUUGGAAGCUAAAGUGAACAAGUCAAUGUUAGAAAAUUUGGUGACCUGCAAAAGUAAUUCUGAAGCUUUUUGUGUUCCUGAAGGUGUGCCAACCUUCUUCUCCAUGGAUAUAAUGAAUGUGGCAGAAGAAAUUAUCAUUACUGCAACAAAUAUCAGAUUCAAUGUUACUCCAUCAAAUGAUAUUAGUUUAAUGUGUUUUGUCCGCCACGGUGCAAUGCCUUCUGUGACUUCUAAUGAUUAUUCCAUUGAUAUAGCGAAACGCCGAUUGGUUAUUCAUUCACCAUUAAUUGGUCGUUGGUAUAUUAGUAUAGUACCAGUCAAUCUUACAAACACUCAGGUUAACAAUGUAAGAGUUUGCUAUUCAGUGGAAUCUCAAGUGCUUCAAUGUCCACUUGGGAAAGCUGGACCGAAUUGUACAAUGGAUAGCUACUUUCUUCAGACUUUUGUAAGGAGAGGUUCAACCCCUUUUGAGUCGUAUUAUUUACCAGUUGGUGGAGCAUCCUAUGAUUCUGCCAAUUUCCCAAUUGAACCACUUCUGAAAAACUCAUCAUACAUUGGAGAACCUGAUAACAUUUGGACUUACUUUCUUUUGGACAUUCCUCGUGGUGCAGCUGGAGGAAAUAUUCACAUACAAUUAUCCUCAGAUACGAAGAUUGGUUAUGAAGUGUAUGCUAGAUUUGGUGGAUUACCAUCUCUAGAUAGCUGGGACUAUUAUUAUGCUAACAACACAAGGAGAAGCGAUCCAUCUAUGUUUUUCACGCUAUAUGACUCGACUGAUGUCAAAGUGAAUUUUUAUAUUAUGUAUGCUAGAGAAGGAACUUGGGGUUUUGGUCUAAGACAUCUUAAUACCAGCAAUGAUUCCUUGAAAGGGCUAAAUAUCAUGUCUAUUUCACUUGAGCGAUGCCCAAAACGAUGUUCCUCUCAUGGAGACUGUAAAUUUUCAUUUGAUGCUAGUGGAUUGACAUCUUACAGCUUCUGCUCUUGUGAUCGAAACCAUGGUGGCUUUGACUGUAGCAUUGAGAUUGUAACUCAUCAAGGGCAUGUACGACAAUCGAUUUUUCUCAUUGCAUCAAAUGCUGCAGCCAUACUUCCUGCCUAUUGGGCCCUUCGGAAGAAGGCAUUAGCAGAAUGGGUUCUAUACACAUCCAGUGGGAUUUCAAGCGGACUAUACCAUGCGUGUGAUGUAGGAACCUGGUGUGCAUUGAACUAUAACGUCUUACAGUUCAUGGACUUCUGGCUAUCGUUCAUGGCUGUGAUUAGCACUUUUCUUUAUCUGACUACCAUUGAUGAAGUAUUUAAGAGGGCAAUCCAUACAGCUGUUGCUAUCCUUACUGCCCUGAUGGCUGCAACAAAAGCAACCAGGUAG